AUGCCCAAAUUGCGUCGCUCCUUCAGCACGUGGCUAUUUGCCCUGCAAAGCUCAACGUCGACCUUUGAUGUCAGAGAUUGGGACGAAUUCAGGGCUUUCACCGGCCGCGCCUGUUCUGUCGAAGCUGGUAUGGUAGAGUUGGUACAGCAUCAGGACAAUCUCCCCGCGCCGCUCUUGAAAGCUUGUUGGGAUGUGCAACUUCCAUUCUCAACACUCAUGGUUCGCUAUCUCCUUUCGCCCGGGUGCGAUCCCAACGAGUCGUUCACGGAUGAGCUUUGUAGGAAUUGUACUCCAUGGGAGCACUGGCUACGUGAAAUGCAGGUCUGGGAUAUUGGUUCUGCGCUCGAGAAUGCAGAUCUCAUCGAAGAGCUUGUAGGAGCUGGCGCCAAGGGCAGCGUGAAUUCAUUGAAGGAGAAAGUAUAG